GAUGUUGCAAUGCAGCUCCAGUGCUUUUAAGCAUGAUCGAUUGAUCCGACUGCACUUGGCCGACUUCGACCUUUGUUUGCCUACCUUCUUGUGCCCUUCCAUCGAACCGUGGAAGACUUGGAGCUAUGGUAGCCACUUCGUAUUAUGAAGGCUUCCAAGGCUGGAGACUAGUCUUGUGUGUGACAUGCAUUGUGUCCAAUCUGCAGAUACUACUGGUGCUUGGCCAAUAUGAAGGCUCUAACAGCGGGUCGACAAAAUUCAUGACAAAUUACGCCAGCUCAUCAGACGGACAGCAUUUUCGCAUCCUCAGCAACGGACAACAGGUGCAGCUUCUCCUAGACGAGCACUCCGCUUCUGGAUUUGUCUCCAAACACAAGUAUAUGUUUGGGAGGAUUGGGAUGCGGAUAAAGCUUGUUCCAGGCAAUUCAGCCGGGACGGUUACUGCGUACUACUUGUCUUCCGACACUGCGCGUCAUGACGAAAUGGACUUCGAGUUCCUUGGUAAUGUAUCAGGCCAGCCCUACAUCCUGCAGACGAACAUCUACGCAGGGGGGAAGGGACAGCGGGAGCAGAGAAUUUAUCUUUGGUUCGACCCUUCAGCUGACUUCCAUGAAUACUCUGUUUUGUGGAAUAGAAAGCAGAUUGUGUUCUAUGUUGACGACACUCCCAUUCGGAUGUUCAAGAACAACAAGGCUGCUCUUGGGCAGGAUUAUCCAGAUUCUCAGGCAGUGGGGAUUUACAGCAGCAUUUGGAAUGGGGAGAACUGGGCAACCAAUGACGGCUGGGUGAAACUCAAUUGGACUUACGCUCCUUUCAUCGUCACAUAUGAGAAGUUCAAUGUAGAUGCCUGCCUUGCGCUGCAACACAGCAGCGAUCCUUGCAUUGCAGCAACGAACGGUUGGUGGGAGGAGUCGGAGUACGAGACCCUGAAUUUCAAGGAUGUCGAGCGACUCAACUGGGUGAAGGAAAAUUAUGUCGUGUACAAUUACUGCACUGAUCGAGGGAGAAACCCUAUUCGACCAAUUGAAUGCGAUAUCAAUAUUUUGUGAGCGGAAGGUGGUGUGACUGAUCAGCUACAAUUAAACAGAUUAAUUCUUGUGAAAUUGCCUACCCACCGACACCCCGAAUUCGCCUGGUGCCAGCGCGCAUUUACUGGAUCAUACCCUUCUCGAUUUUUGAUUUGUGUGUCCUACUGCAGGUACGAAUUCCUUGACAAGAGAGAGUAGAGUUACGGUAUACUUUUAGUGCAGGAUUAUAUUGUAACGUCUUAAACGCUUUUGAUGUGACAUGUUAAUUAGAAGGUUGGAGCACUAUCAUCAGGAUGAGCAUUCGACAGGAAGCGGUUGCUCUGUACAAAAAAAUGCAUCUUAUGGAGUCAUUCGACAUAAAUAAAGGACCACUUAUACUUGUGGAUAACGAAUAACUGAUGGCGCAUACAAGGUGAGGUGAAUAGCUUUGUUGACUGAUUUUAACAACUAGCUCUUCACACUCAGCUAGCGGGCGCCUGAGCAAAAUUGUGAUGGAUUACAAGACGUUGCUUCUUGAUACGAAAAGUAUCCCAGAGUGAUGCGACAUCGAAAUCGUCUUGAAUUGGCAGGCGCAUCUCCUUGCAACUUUUCACGUAAUCUGUUGGACUUAAUGGGCUGCGGUUUUUAUCCUUUUCACCUUUCUAAUUAUUCUGUAGCGCAUACCCUGAUAAAUAAAAAGAGAAACAUUUCCUUUAAA